AUGUCCGACAACGAGCGCCCACGUGACCGUCACCGCGAGCGAGACAGCCGCCGCGAGCCACGCGAAGACCGCAACCGCGAAGGAGGAGGCCCACCCGGCGAGCGGCGCAACCGAUCGCGCAGCCCACGACGAGAACGUGGUGGCCGACGCGACAACCCCCGCUACAGAUCAAGAUCGCCCUUUCGUGGCAAUGACCGCGAGAAAGACGGCACACGUGAGCCACGAGGACGAGGCCGCGGGGAUCGCGACCAAGACAGAGGCCCGCGCGAUGCACCACGAGGUUCCCGCGGCGGCGCAUCAGCACCCAGCGGCCCUCGCAGAUCCGACUUCCCCACCCGCGAAGCACGUGGCGGACCAGUCAAGGCGGCACCGGCUGCCAAGAAGGAAGAGUCGCCCGAUGUCGAGAUGAAGGAGGAUGCGGAGAAGCCAGAGGACAUGGACGACGACACGUGGGAGAUGAAGAAGAUGAUGGGCUUUGCGGGUUUCAAGUCGACGAAGAACCAGAAGGUGCCGGGCAAUGACAAGAACUACGGCAUCAGGAGGGAGAAGCGCAUGGAGGCUAGGCAGUACAUGAACAGGCAGGGUGGAUUCAACAGGCCGUUAUCGCCGAGCAGGAUGUGA